AUGUCUCUGUCUCUGAAAGUUAUGAUCAACAAAGAGAGAACAAAAGUAUUAUUUGCAGAAUCAAACAGUGAUUUCAUCAACGUUCUGCUAAGCUUCCUCACGAUUCCCUUAGGAAAACUCGUCACAGUUCUCCAAAAACACAACGAAUCAGCCGCCAUCGGAAGCUUAACCACUCUCUACAAAGGCUUGUCCGAACUCGACACCGCCCACUUCUCCACCCGAGGCGCUAAGGAAAUGCUGCUGAAUCCACGGAGUUCUUUUCAACCCGAAUGCCGUAAACUAGCGCUUGAUGUUGCUGGCAUCGGGCUUCUGCAACACUUCCUCUGUGAAGACGUAAAUUGCAACGGUGCUGAUGGUCGUCUUAAUAUCAGCUUAUAUCCUGAUGUAGCAAAGUGUGUUAAGUGUGGGAGACCAUUGAACAGAGGAAUAAUCUUUGGAGAAUGUAUGGACCAAGGUGGAGCUUUUGUAAUAAGUCCCUUGUUUUUCAUCAUCUCUGAUGAUCUCAGGGUUGCGCCCAUUGUGACUGGAAAUUUUGAAGCUCUUACUGAUUUUGGGAUUAGUGAGACUCAAGGGGCUGAGGUGAAGAGUUUGUGUCUAGGUUUUCAUGAGAUCCUCGAGCUGCUCAAGUUGUCAUUAACAUCCGCAACACCAUUAACGGAUAUGAUAUUAAAGAAGAACACUGUGGAAAACAUACAAUAUGGGAUUCGGUUGAGUCAUGUUCAUCAAGCUGCUGCUGCUACAGAGUCUAACAAAAUUGUUUCGAGAGCGUUCUUGCAUAAAUCAACGAAUAAAUUCUUGUUUGCAGAAUCUAGUGAUGAGCUUGUAGAGCUUCUUUUGAGCUUCCUCACUGUUCCUUUAGGUGGAGUUGAGUUCCUCUUGGGCAGCAGCGCUCCCUUAAAAUGUAUCGACAAUUUGUACAAAAGCGUAUUAUAUGGGAUCGAUGAGAUGUAUUUCUCAACUUCAGACACUAAAAAUAGGCUGAUAAAUCCGAAGCUACCUCAUGGUUAUCUUUCCAAAAAUCAGCAGCUUCUACCUCUCAGUGAAGGAGGCCGUCCAAAACUGUAUUGGAAAGAAAGAUGGAUUCCGUAUAAUCCUGCUGGCGAUGGGAGUCAUUCGCAUACUUGUUAUAAGAAAUUGAACAAGAUUGAAUUUGGCAUGAAAAAAACAAUGUGUUUUGUAAGCGAUGAUUUAACCAUUAGUCCUAGUUUGGCAUCAAGAAUUUCCAUUCUCAAUGAUGCUGGAAUUCCUCUAUCAGAUGUCAAAGAAGCUGAGUUCCACAUUGGACACAAUGAGGCAUUAGGUAUAUUGAAGGCUUCUCUUAUAUCAAAAACAGCUUUGACUGAUGGCCUAAUCAAACCCAAAAGCUGUCUUAGCUGA